AUGGAUGGAUUACAUCAUCAUCAACAGCAGCAGCAGCAGUCACUGCUCGUCUUUCCCGCUCUUUCUCGCCCUCCCUGGCAGCCAUCACAACACCAACAACAGCCAACACACCCUCCACCGCCAAUGCAGCAGCAGCAGCACCACCACCACCACCAUCACCACUUGCUGCUGAACACAUCCCUCCGACCAACCAACCAGGCAACCAACCGAUCGCCUGGCGGAAGCUGGCUGCCUGCAGCUGGGAACAGGUGGCGACAGCACAAGUUGCGUUUUCGGCUGGAAGCAGCAGCAGAGGUGAGGGCGAGAAGAAGAGGGAAAACGGAGAAGAGAUGUGAUGAUGGGCGGUGCAUACACAUGAUGGGUUGGGAGCAGCAGCUGUGGGCACACACGUCCAUGGUCGUGGUGGGCACAUCCAACCACAGCGACGCAGUCAUGCGCAGCUUGGCCGUCACCACCAUCGCCAUCAUCGCCGUCGACCGCACAGCCGCCAUCACACGGCGGCCGACACCAGCUCCAAUCUGGCGUGAGGCAGACAUUGCACAUGUCAGUCGCUCUGACGAACAGGUGAGCAAUGAGGCGCGUGAAGCGGUGGAACCAACGACGAUGACGAUGACGAUGACGAGUGAUGAAGCUGCUGAUGUGUGGCUGCAUUGUGGAUGAACUGGCCCUCUGUCUCUCGUCCAUCUCCUGCUCCUCCUCGUCGUCAUUGGUCACCAACAGCAGCGACUGCGACCAUGGAUGUGGAGGUGAGAUGAAUGGUGGUGGUGGUGACGUGGGUGGUGUGUGA